CGAAGCUCACAUCCCGCACUCCCACACUCGUUGGCCGCCCGCCGCCAUGUUUCCCUUUUCACUGACCCUGUUCCCCAAUUGGAGCUGGCUGUGUAUCUUUGUCGUGCUUUUUUUGUUUCGCUAUGUCCGUCUUUGGGUCAACCUCGCCAGCAACUGGACGUAUACGCCCAUGCAGCCUGUCGACGACCCAACAAUCACCUCCAAGGACAUGACGGUAAUCAUUCCCACCGUUGCCGAGGAUCUCCAGCAAUUGAAAGAGACGGUCCAAAGCGCAUAUCGCCUCGAGCCCUUUGAGUUGCUACUCGUCACGCCUGACUCGCGUGUCAAGCGUGUCUAUCAGAUGGUCGAAGAGCUCGGCAGCCCCAAGAUUAUUCAGGUCUUGUCCGUCAGCCAGGCCAACAAGCGUCGCCAGCUGUGCCGCGCCAUUCCCGAGGUUGAGACCAAGAUCACGCUUCUUCUCGACGACGACGUCUGGCUGCCUGAAAAGUUCACCAAAUGGAUCCUGGCUCCCUUUGAGGACCCACGCGUGGGCGGAGUUGGCACCAACCAGCAGAUUCGCCGCUUCAACCGCUCUAACAUUUGGGAAUUUCUAGGCGCCAUCUACCUGGUCAGGAGAAAUUUCGACUGCACCGCCUGCAACUGGAUAGACGGUGGCCUGCCCUGCCUGUCCGGCCGCGCCGUAGCCUAUCGAUCGGAGAUUUUGCAAGACCCCAACUUCACUUAUGGCUUCACACACGAGACUUGGGGCAGCGACCACUUCCUCAACGCCGACGACGACAACUUCAUCACCCGCUGGCUGUUUUCGCACAACUGGAGAAUUCAGAUGCAGAACCACCGCGAGUGCGAAGUCGAGACGACGCUCGAAGACGACUCCAAGUACCUGCGGCAAUGUCUGCGUUGGGUCCGUUCCAACUGGAGGAGCAACCUGACUAGCUUGACCGAGGGUUACAUGUGGAUGAGGUACCCAUGGUCACUCUAUGCCGUCUUCCAGACCACCGUCACCCAGUGGGCGUUCCUGCUCGACUGCGCCCUGCUUGCAUCGGCCUACUUUGCCCUCUGUGAGACUGGAUAUUACCCAGCUGACGAGGGCCAACUGUCGCGUGCCGACAAGUGGCAGCGCUCGCUUCUGUGGACACUGUUUAUCGCGCACUGGGUCUUUGCAAAGACGAUCAAGCUAGUGCCGCAUCUGCUAAGGAACCCCGGCGACGUCCGCUUCGUCCCCGUCUCGAUUCUCUUCGGCUAUUUCCACAAUCUUAUCAAGCUCUACGGCUGCAUCACCGUCACCGAGACUACAUGGGGCACCCGUGAGGGCGCCGAUGCAGACGACAACAUCCGAAUGUUGCCGAUCCCGCCGAUGGCAGCGAUUACGCCUCCCCUGACACCUCCGCCAGGCGGACGCGUCCUCCGAGAGCGAUGCGCCGGUUUCCCGAUGAUGAAGUAGACGACCGUUUCCACUUUUUGGUUUCGCCAUUCUAGCCCUCGGCCACACGAUUUUUUUCCUGGAUGCCGCAGUCAUGUUAGACGCAUCUCAGCCUUUGAUCAGCCUUUUUUUUUCAUUAUCUCGCACUAUUAUUACUAUUACUUUGGAGCAUGGCCCGACAUGUGCCAGGGGCAUGCAAGGUAGAACAGCAUCGUCUUGUUUCCCAGUAUUUUUGGAGCGUGGCAGCUCUCGGAUACCACCAAAAGGGGCCCGGUUGGGAUGAUUGCAUGGUGUUUUGGCGUUUGACGGCGCGAGGCCGAACGAAAUUUGCAGCGUCUAUUUUUUUUACUUUUCCUGGCGAUGUCACGGUGUUGGUCAAUAGCCAACCGUUGUAGUUUAUGCAAAAAAAAGUUGCAAUGAUAUGGAUUUUGUUGG